AUGAGCAAUCCGGAGGUAUGCACGAUUCCAGAGGUCUUUGAAUCUCGAAAGCGCAAGAUUCUCGCGGACUUGUCUGUCCCAGACACAGAGUAUACGGAUCUCUCACCCAAAGGAUCGGUAGAUGAGGGCAUCCGCGACUUGAUCCGCGAUAUCAACGCUCUGCCUGGUCUGGUGACCACCAGUAGCUGUUCUGGACGAAUUAGCGUCUUCUUGGAGGGGAGAAAAAAGCAAAAUGACCACCAGCAGGACCAACGGCAGUUCGCGCCCUCUGGAGGCAAAGGCGCAGGGAAGUGGCUAUAUGUCUCGCACGAUCCUUUGAAUGGCCAUUGUCCGAGAAGCCUGCAUGAAUUGUUUGGGAUGGUUCCUGGAAAUGGAAAGCCUCCGGGGCUGAAAGGAGGUCAUGCCCCGCGUCUGGUGCGCUUCCACUACGAUCCUAUGAUCCUUCAUAUUAUGGCAGCCACACUUCACCACGCUCAUCCUGUAUUGUCAGCUGCUGCAACUUCUGGAUUUCGGGAAAGUGGACUGCAGAGUCUCCGUUGCCUUGAAGGCGAGAAUGGCCCAAGCCCUAUUGUUGCCGUGCGCUCUGCUGGGUUGUCUCUCGAAUCCGAGCCUGUCAUCCGCAGUCUGGUCACAGAAGAAUAUCUUCAAAUGCUAGUCGCCAUCUCAAACGAGAGGUUUUUAGUUAAUGCAGAGCGCAAGGAAAGAUUCCGGACAAACCUGCUCAAACUUUGCUCGACGGAGCAACUUUGUGGGCCAAAGACAAGGUCAAAAGCUAAACAUGAGGGCUGGGAAGAUCCUGCGGCACGCAGAGAGAGGAAGAGGACAGAAGGGCUAAUGAGGAAGAAGUUUCUCGAGACUCAGACAAAAUCUGCUGACCAUUCGAGUACAGGGACAUACGAAAUGGGAUGGGGGAGUGGUCCAAUGCCAUUAUGA